GAAAAGUUAUGUAUAAAAAAAAAAAAAAACAGUGUUCUUGUUUCUUUUUUUCUUUUUGUAUAUAUUUCUUUGUGUAUUUUGAAAUUUAUCCGCAAUUCAUACCAAUUCGUUAUAAAUUCACCGUACGACUGAAUGAAGAAUGAAAAUUCAAAUGAAAAAUUGCAUCGUAGGGGAAAUUAAUCGCCAACGAAGAUGAAUUCAAAAAGAGAAAUGAUAUUUUAACUGAUGUUCCCUUAGAAGCUAAUAAUGACAAUUCUGAUCUUGAUUCUGCAAAAAUUAUGUUUAUGUAUGGACCAACAAUUGAAGAUUACGUGGAAUAUGAUUUAAAGGAUGCAGCUUCACUUCUAAUAAAACAUCCCAAAUUUAUUCAUAAUCAAACUCAUAUGUUUAUGGGUGGAUAUUUGUAUUAUAAACUUUAUCCUGGUACAAUUAUGAUGGCUAUAUCAUAUUACCACAGGAACACAACAAAUUUUUUAGAUCUCCAAUGGGAAGGAUUAGCCAAUGGAGAUUAUAAUUCAGCUCAAGAAAAUGUUAUAAGGCUUUCUCUAAGAGUCGCUGAUUUUAUCAUUGAGCUGUUCAAGUUGGGAGUUCCACAGGAUUCACUCAGUUUAAGUGGGCAAUCUAUGGGUGGUCGUGGUGUAGCAGUUUUUGCUCGAGAUGUAAUUGAAAGAAGCAAUGGAACAAUGAUAGUAUCACGAAUAACAGCCUUAGAUCCUUCAAACGAAGAGGCUCACGAUGAUUUCAUAUUACCAUUUAUUGAAAAGUCUUUUGCUAAAUUUGUUGAUGUAAUUCAUACGGAUGCUGGAGGAAUAGGAACAACUAAAAGUAUGGGACAUGCUAAUUUUUGGGUUAAUAAUGGAACAGCAUUUCAACCAGGAUGUCCAACAGAUGGUACUGCUGAGAUAUGCAGUCAUAAAAAAGCACCUGUCUAUUGGGCAGAAACUGUAGCUUAUGGCAAAUGGAAACCAAUUUUAGCUUAUCCUUCGGAAAGUUAUGAUGAAUUAUUGAAGAAUGGAGUUGAGCCUUAUAAAAAUUCAGCUGUUUUAAUGGGAAUCGACUGUCCACCAACUGCAAGGGGAAAUUACUAUUUACAGCAUAGUACCAAUUUUGCUGAUUAUUAUUCUAUACCAAAAUUUGACUGAAUAUUUAAGCUGAAUUAAGAAUAAAAUUUAAUAUCCUAUAGGUAAAUUUUAAUGUAUAGAAAGUAUUUUUUCUA